GUUGUGCCCGUCCGAGCAUGUAGAAAGUGCGAAGGCUGAAUCAUUCAAGAGAAGCAGAUGUGUCAAAGCAAGCCUUGUCUAGCUCCAAGAGAGAACAACUUGCGAACAAGGUCUAAAGAUCGAAAGAAGAAAAGAGCGAACGUCAGAAUGAAGGAAAUAUCAAAAACCAUAAAGGCAGGAAGUCUUAGGAGAGAAGACGUGGAAGCCCAGCAGAGAAUCAAAAGGAAGUCUUAAGGAAGCCUCUAGGAGCGUCUUUGCUCCUAGUAGCGAUGCCCUUUGUUCCUAGUAGCGUCCUUGUUCCUAGUAGUAAGGCCAGGAGCCCGGUUCGUAGCGUCCUUGCUCCAUUCGUAGCGAAUGCUGAGAUUGUGUCGCUUGCGGCGUUGGCUCUCAAGGGUCCGGGGCGCACCUGGGUUCCCGGCAGGUUCACCACAAGGCCACAUGGCAGCAGAGGAGGAGGCCUAUGAUGAGAAGGACAAGGGUCCUUUGGUGUACCAAGAAAGCAAGGUCUUCAAUGGAGAGACUUUUCUGAUCAAUGUCUACGACCACACCAAACGGCGUGCGGUGACUUUCGAGACUUAUGGCCUCGAAUCACAAGAUCAGUUGCACAUUCAGUACAGCUACCAAGACUUUGACGGCUUGUUCCGCUUUAAUGCCGAAUUGAUGAACCCCAACAGAAAGGAAGGCCGGUUUCACUGGAUCUCGGAGCGCUUGGCAAUUCUGAUCGUCGGGAAGGAUCGACAGCUGAAGCUUCAGCCGGAGCCGACGUCAGAGGUGCCGGAGCUCCCCAUCUAUGAGACCGUGCGGAAGAUCCCGACGGGCCGUAUGGAUCUCAAAGAGCGACAACGCCUUAGAGAACAAAUGGACAUGUUGGACAUCAAAAGAAAUGAGAACAUCCACAAGCGAAAGCAAGAGUCCAGACAGCGUUUUCUUCAACAUGUCUUCUGGCUGAAAGAGGAAUCCGAGAGGAUGAAGAGGGAACACCACGAAAAGUUAGAAGCCGAGCGCACUCGCCGGGUGCAGAUGAAAGAGGAGCUCGAACGACGCAACAAGGAGGCUGACCGCUUGGAAAAGGAGCGUCAGAGGCAACGUCGAAUUGCUGUAGAGGCCAAGGAAGAGCGGGUGGAAGAGAGGGAUGCCGAAGAGUACAGGCAACUCCGUGCAAGAUGGAAGAUGCGUGAUGCAGAGAAGGCCAAGGCCAUUCAGGAGGCCAUCCAAAGAAAGGAGAAAGAUCUUGCGGAGCUUCGUGCUAAGCGAGCGCAGGAGAGGAAGCACGAAGGCGAGAUUAUGCAGAAACGUGAGGGUGCCUGGUCGGUGAGGGAGGAGCGCAUUCGACGGAAGAAUCACAUGUGGCUAAAAGCGGUCCUUGAGGUCAAGGCCGAGCGGUUGCGAAUGGCCAAGAUGAUGCAGGAGCGGAACCAAGAGUACCUGAAUCUCUUGCACAGCCUGCGGCAACCAAUCUUUGAGGCCCAACUGAAGAGGAUGGAGGAGCGGAAGCAGGCCGCAGAAGCCAUUGCCCAAUCAACUGCGGAGUACCACGAGAAGAGAGCCGUCCCCAAGAAAGUGAAGAAAAAGGGGAAGAACGCGCUAAAGGAUGAAGCAGCCAAGGAGAAACGUGGAGGGAAGAAGGAGGAGGGCAAGGAGGGCAAGGAGGGCAAGUCCGACACUGACAAGCUUUUGGAUGCUGUUGAAGCGAAGAUGAGGGCGGAAAUGGAAGAGCAGCAGCGCCGAGCAAAGUUCGAGCGUCUCCGCGACAAGAGAAUCAAAGAGCUGCAGGAGGCACGAGUGCAAAAGUGCAAUGCGCACAUGGCAGAAGUCAGGGAAGCCUACCGCAAGAAGAAGUUUGAGGAGGAACAAAAGGCCAACCAGCGGCGGCUCGUGCAAAAAGAGAAGGAGGCUGAAAUCCAAGCUGCUGCGGACAAGAAGAAGCAGGAGCUGGAACGUCUCCAACGCCUGCGUGAGCAGAACAUUGCUCGGAAGGAAAAGGAGCGGCUGGCGGCCUUGGCAGCCAUGGCAGCCUGAAAAGCUGCAGGUGCACUUGCUUCUCGUGGUUCCGAAGGAAAGCCAGAUCAAAGCCUGAAAAUUAAACUGAAUUCUAUUUUAAUUCUAAUUCUAUAGUAGCUUCUUGUUUAUAGUAGC